AACGUCCGAAUCCGAGUCAGAUUCAUCCUGACCAGUUUUUCGUUUUGCCAUAGUACUUGGUACAAGGAUGUGGAUAAAGUGUUCUGUUUAUUGAACAAACAAAACGGCCCGGAUUCAUCUAUGCAGGCAAAUCGUUAACAACGUGAACCGAAACUUGAUUUUGUUUUCCUCUGGGUAUCUCCAUCGUUCAUCAUGACGAAGACGUACCAAAUGAAUAGCCUUAUUGAAAAAAUGCAGUCGCCAGACCAGGACUUUCGAUUCAUGGGCCUUAACGACUUGAUGACCGAAAUCAAGCAGGAUCCGCAAUGUUUCUUGGGCGAUGAAACCGUCGAGAACAAAGUCUUGAAGCAGGUUCUUGCUUUGGUGGAAGACAAAAUAUCAGAAGUGAAGAACCAAGCAGUAAAAUGCUUAGGUCAAUUAAUCAAGAUUAUUCGUCAAGUUCAAAUGGAACUCGUAGUGGACAAGCUGAUUGAAUUUUCGGGCGGUAAAGAUCAGGAAUUGCGUGAUAUUUCUGCUCUAGCACUGAAGACCAUAACUGCUGAAUUGCCACCCGAUGGACGAGUAGCUGCCUCCGCUUGCGCAAAACUGACGCCGAAACUCUUGGCCCAGAUACAAAGCUCAGAUACGCCCUCAGAAGCUCUUGUCGAAACUUUGGCAAUCUUGUCAAUCCUGAUUAGCCGAUUCCCAUCCCAUUUAUCUGCUUCAUCGUUAACGCCCCAUCCACUAGCGGUUCUCGUUCCUUUACUAUCUCAUCCUCGGCCGGUAGUACGAAAGCGCGCGAUUGUGACGUUGUCCCAAUUUAUCACAAUAUCUCCCCCUGAGCUCUUCUCAGAAUUAUUCACCGACAAUGUACUGCCUUACUUGGGUCCAUCCGCAAAUAUUGAAAAACAGCGGACUACUGUCAAUCUAGUUGCUGCAGUUGCCAGACACUCGCCCUCUCGACUUGCCCCAAUGUUGAGUGAGAUUAUGCCCGGUAUCGUUAAGGCUGUCCAGCGGGAAGAUGAUGAACUACGCGAAGGGUGCUUACAGGCAUUGGAAAUUUUGCUUUUGCGUUGCCCUGCGGAAAUUGGCCCGUACGUUCCCUCUAUCGUACAAGUAGGCAAUCAAUACAUCAAGUAUGAUCCCAACUACUCCGCCGGCGAUGAUGAAGAUGAAGAGAUGGCAGAUGCUGACGACGAUGAUGAAGACGCUGAUCUCGAUGAAUAUUCUGAUGAUGAAGAUACUUCUUACAAGAUUCGUCGCUCUGCCACGAAAUUGCUCGCAGCCCUUAUUGGAACACGUCCCGAAAUGCUUUCCACAAUUUACAAAGAUGUCUCUCCUGUGCUUAUAUCUCGCUUCGGUGACCGCGAAGAAACUGUGAAAUUGGAAGUUUGGUCAACCUACGGCUUGUUACUUAGUCAGACCGCCGUCUAUGGAGGUCUCUCGCAAUCCAAAGAGGAUGUAACUCGCGGAAAGCGCAAACGCGAUACUGAGACCAUGGACGUGGAGGGUGGUCCUUAUUCACUUCUGAAAUCCCAAGUACCAGCAUUAUCUAAAGCACUACUCAACCAACUGAAGUCACAAAAAACCUCAUCUGGGACUCUGCAGGCUGGAUUUGGUUUACUAUACUCGUUAUUGAAUGUUCUCCCUGGCUCGCUAUCUAGUCAAGUCGCUUCCAUUACUUCGACGUCCAGACGUGUCCUGUCAACAUCCCCGUCAACCUCUACUGCGACGCUGUAUCUCAAUUGUCUUUCUUUCCUUGCGCUGUUCUUUGCAACGCACUCCCCUCCAAUAUUCACAUCCUCCCUUCCUUCCCUUACGCCCGCGUUGCUAAAAGCAGCAGGUGAAAGACAUCCUCGUGUUGCUUCAGAGGCAUUCCGUGUAUUUUCUGCGCUACUCCAAGCAGUCAAGCCUGUCAAGAAUGCAGACUGGACUGAACCCCUGUACGAUCAGGCAGUCGCCCGCCUGACAACUCAUGACACUGAUGCAGAAGUACGAGGAUGUGCUGAAGAAUGCAUCGGUGACCUGUGGAUCUGUGCGACGGACGUGGUGAGAAGCAAGAAUGGCAAAGAAUGGGAAUCUAUCUGUCGACAGACUGGCAAAGUAGACGGUGCAGUAAAAGUCAUCAUCAAAGUUGCGAAGGAAGUCAAUGUUGGUGAUGCCUGGGUCAAUGGUUGCAUGGACUGGAUCUUGGGUCUGUUGAAGAAAAGUGGACGACCCGGAAAAAGUGACAUUUUCCUUGCUUUGGAGGUCUUGAUCAGGAGCUAUACCACUGGUGUACCUUCCGGUCUUCCGUCGGCUCUCAUCAGCCAGAUCAAACCAUACCUUAGUGUUUCUGACAUUUCACUUCUAUCACAGGCAUUGAGCACAUUAUCUGUUCUUCUUGAAUUAGCCCCUUCUACGACGUUCCCUGAAGUCGAGGCACAUGUUCUUUCUGAUAUAUAUGCUAUCUCGCGUUCUCCUCUUGUCGGCGGAACGGCGUUAGACUCGCUGUUAAACUUCUACGCUGCGCUUGUCAAAGCGGACAAACAGAUCGCCACUCAUAUUGUACCGAGUCUGGUCAUAUCGGUUGAUAAAGUUCCCAAAGCAGAGUCCAGCCCUGCUAAUGCUGCACGAUGCGUGGCGCAGGUUGUGAAGACUGAUCACAGUGUCGCUGCCGGGACAAUUGCAGAAUAUUCCAAACAUGUCAAGCCUUCGUCAAAAGCAAAACAAUCCACGGUUGUACUCAGCCUUCUUAUACUGGGUGAACUCGGUCGUUUCAUCGAUAUGUCUCCUCAACAUGAUAUUUUCACAAACGCUAUCGAGCACUUUUCUGCCGAACAAGAGGAUGUUCGUUCCGCUGCGUCGUUCGCUGCAGGAAAUAUUGCAAUUGGAAAUCUUCAUCAAUUCCUUCCAGCUAUCGUCAAGAUGGUUCAGAGUGAUGCUAAGAAGCGGUUAUUAUCAUUACAUGCUUUGAAGGAGGUUGUCACACACUGCUCCCAUAAUCAAUUAGAAGGCGUCGCUGAUAUUUUGUGGGUGCCCCUUUUCGAGAACUCUGAAAAUUCGGAAGAGACGACGAGAAAUGUGGCCGCUGCUUGUCUCGGCAAAUUGGCCACUACUCACCCGUCAAAAUACUUGCCUCAACUCCAUAAUCGAAUUCACGACAGCAGUCCUGCUGCAAGAGCCACGGUAGUAGCUGCAAUUCGAUAUACUUUUGCCGACACCGCCCCUACAUAUGAUGAACUGCUUUCACCAUUAAUCAUUGAUUUCUUGUCCUUGAUGGGCGACGCGGAUCUGACCGUCCGUAGAUUGGCACUAUCCACUUUGAACUCAGCCGCCCGAACGAAAUCUCAUUUGAUCAGGGAUCAUCUUUCUGUCCUUUUACCGAACCUCUACAAGGAAACUGUGAUCAACAAAGAUCUUAUUCGUACUGUUCAGAUGGGUCCGUGGACACAUAAGGUUGACGAUGGUUUGGAAGCACGGAAAACGGCUUAUGAGACCAUGUAUACAUUACUCGAUACAUGUUUGCACAAACUCGACCUCCGCGAAUUCCUCGAGCGAGUCGUCCUCGGUCUAGCAGAUGACUCGGACGAGAUCAAAGUCAUAUGUCAUAUGCUGCUGUUCCGACUUUCGCAGGUAGCUCCUGCUGCUGUUUCGCAGAGGCUAGAUGAAGCCACCCCGCAGCUGGAGAAGACAAUGAAAGGAGCUACUGUUACCAAAGACACUGUCAAGCAAGACUUGGAAAGAGCAGCGGAACUACAGAGAAGUGCGUUACGUGCAGUUGCUGCGUUAAGCAAGAUCGGAGCUGGUGUAUCGCCCAAGUUCGACGCCUUCACGGAAGAUUUGAAGAAGAAUUCAACUUGGGGUGCUGAAUUCAAAGAGCUCAUAGGUUAAUGUAGAAAAUCCGCAAGUUUGACUUUAGUAUUUGUAUUUGGUAGUAUCAUCUUUUACAUAGAACGAAAUACGCUGGAGAAAAGACUUGAAUCAAUCAUCUAGUG